GGCAUUCUUCUACUCUGUGUGUAUACGCUGUGGAUAUUGGUAUUUUUGUUUACGAACGUAAAAUUAUUAAUUUCAAUGAAAUAUAAUCGUGCAGUGAAACCAUAAUUCACACCUGCAAAAUUCCAUCCUUCUUUCUAUUCCCCUUGAUACCUACAAACAAUUAUAUUUUUAUUAAUCGCUUGUUAAUCGGCACAUAACCUCAAACAUCUCCAAUGUCUGAUGACGAUGAUGUCGUAUUUGUGAAGAAGACGAAGCAGGUGCACUAUGGGUCUCUCGAGGAGCAAGAGAAGGCUCGGCUGGCGGCGCUGGCGGCCGCGGCCCGGGACGGCGUCGAGGACACCGGCGGGAAAGACCUUGGGGAUAUUCAGGUGUCGUCAGAGUACAUGGACCUUGAGGAUGAGAUGUCCAAGGAUAAAAAGGCUCUCUUGGAGGAGUUUGAGCGCAGACGCAAGGCGCGGCAGCUGAAUGUGUCCACUGAUGAUGAUGAGGUGCGGAGGAGUCUGCGUCAGCUUGGAGAGCCCGUGUGCCUGUUCGGAGAGGGCCCUGCGGAGAGACGUGUCAGGCUUCGUGACCUGCUCAGCUACCUUGGUGAAGACGCGAUCCACAAGAAGCUCGAAGAGGAGGAGGCUCGCAUCGAGCGCGAGCGGGACCGCGAGGGCACGUGGUACCACGAGGGGCCGCCGGCGCUGCGGGCCGCGCGCAGAGCCAUCGCGCGGUACUCGCUGCCCAGAGCCAAGGAGCGGCUCAAGAAGGCUCGCGAGGAGCUGCAGCAGCCGGGCAGCGCGCGCGCCGCGGCACGGCAGGAGGCGCAGAGGCGCGCCGCAGCCAUGGGCAUCUACUGCAGUCAGAUCGGCGACACUCGUCCUAUAAGUUUCUGCAGAUUCAGUGACGACAGCAAAAUGCUCAUCACAUCCAGCUGGUCAGGCCUCGUCAAGGUGUGGUCGGUGCCCGAGUGCCGGCAGCUGCACACGCUGCGCGCGCACACGUGCAACGUGAGCGCCGCCGUGUUCCGCCCCGGCGUGCAGGCGCCAGCGCACUUUAGUGAUAAGCUUAAAGAAGACCCAGCAGAUGGCGCCACAGCCCCACAAGAUGGCGGCGCCAUGGAGGUGGAGAUGGACAGCUCCGCGCGCGAGUGCGCCAUGGCGUCCUGCGCGUACGACGGCUCCGUGCAUCUGUGGAACUUCGCCAGUGACCAGCCCAUGGCCUCCCUCGCCGGCCACAGCCCGCAUCGCGUGGCGCGCGUCGAGUUCCACCCGUCGGGCCGCUUCUUAGCCACCACCGUGUUCGACCACUCGUGGCGCCUGUGGGACCUGGAGUCUGGUAAAGAAGUUCUCCAUCAAGAGGGUCACACAAAGCCCGUGUACUGCGUCGCGUUCCAAGUGGACGGAUCUCUGGCUAUCACCGGGAGCAUGGACGCGUUCGGGCGAGUCUGGGACCUGCGCACGGGGCGCUGCGUGAUGCUCCUCGCGGGGCACGGGGGCGCAGUUCUGGGGGCGGCGGGGGCGCCGGGGGGCUCCCUGGUAGCCACCGCCGCCGCCGACCACACGGCGCGCGUGUGGGACCUGCGCGCGCGCCGCUGCGUCUACACGCUGCCGGCGCACACUAGCACUGUCACAGACAUCCGCUACCAGCGCAGCCACGGGCACUUCCUGCUGACGGCGUCGUACGACCAGAGCGCCAAGCUGUGGUCCAGCCCGGCCCACCACCCGCUCCGGACGCUCUCCGGACAUGAUAAUAAGGUGAUGAGUGCAGACAUAUCGUUCGACAACAAGUACAUAGCGACCAGCUCGUACGACCGCACGUUCAAGCUGUGGGCGCCCGACCUAGCGUAGUGACGAGUGUGAUGUGUGAGUCGUGGAUUUGCAUUUCAUUUUUACAAUAAACACGUUUGAAUGUUUUA